AUGUCCCCAUCACCCCAGCCGCACAAGGGUGCUCGUGGAGGAAGGGCGCGUAUCUGUGUACACUGCGGGCGAAGUUUCCGACGUACCGAACAUUUAGAGCGACACAUUCGCACCCACACCAAAGAAAAGCCGUUCAUUUGCUUUUGUGGGGCAGCAUUUACUAGAAGGGAUCUGUUGAAGCGUCACACGCGCAUCUCACAUCAAGAUGGCCUGACAUCACCGACGCCGCCCGAGCCAACGACGAAGCCCGAUUUCCAGCCAGUGCAUCACCCUGCAUCGAUCCCGCCCCAAUAUGAUACACCAACUAGCUCCGUACCCGUGGGACCCCUUGCAGGAUCAUCGGCAGUGCACCAAUGGGCUGGGGCACAGACUACGCCUUAUUUAGACCAGAACCACAAUGUCGGCAUGCUUCCUGCUGCUACUGCGGGAGCUCCAAACUCAGCCAUCGAUCCUCAUACGGGUAUGGUGCAUGAUCCGGAUAUGCUUCAAGCUGCCCAGUUGCUUCUCCCAGGUGAUUACCGACCUACAGCACAACCGAUGCCAUACUUGCCCGAAGAUCUGAAUCAUUUCCAAGAAUUCACCCAUUUCUUGGAUUCAAUUGGCUUACCGGGGGAAUGGGUUCCCAGCGAAGGCGAAACAUCUCAGACACAAGAGGUUCACUUGGAAGAUAUAAGAGAAACGGGUCGACAGACCCAAGAGCAUCAUGAGCGGUCACGACGAAGUGGAGAAGGUUCUCGGGGAGACUCGCCAUUCAGAUCAUGGCUUCCAUCUGUGCCGAGGGGCGACCAAAGUCUAGGGACUCUGUCCGAUUCUGAACCGCCCCAAAAUGCGAAGAGGCCGUCGCGAUUCAAUGUCACUGAAGACCAAAGGUUUCGGCUUGCGGCAUCUCUCGAAGAAUUUCGUAAUGUCAUUCCGGAUUUCGUACUGCCGUCUCGUCACACAUUGACUCGGUACCUCACUUCCUAUUUUGAAGGAUUCCACCCACACCUUCCGUUUAUGCACAUCCCAACUUUUCAUAUCAAUGAGCAUGCCCCCGAGGUGGUGCUUGCUAUAAUGACGAUCGGGGCUCAGUAUAGAUUUGAGCACCGCAACGCAGAAAGAAUAUUCCACGUUUCCAAGGCAGUUUUAUUUGAGCGGAUGUCCAGAGAACCCCGUUUCCCAGCUAAGCCAAGCUACAAUCCAGCCUCUCAAGUACCAUUGGGGAUAUCUCCUUAUUCCAAUUUUGGAGAUCAAUCCCUCACACAGCCACAGGUAGCAGUGGAAAGAACUUCUGCUUGGAAGCAGAUCGAAAUCACUCGCUGUCUACUCAUUCUUAUGGGCUACGCCACGUGGGAAUGUGCCAGACUGGUACAAGAAGCAUUCCACCUUCAGGGCUUGUUGGUUCGCCAUCUCCGCGAGGCUGGCCUGACAGAAGAUACAACACGCUCCGAUCCACGCGCUCCCCUUGACUGGUACGACUGGGCGGACCAAGAAUCCGUACGACGCACGAAGUUAAUUGCGUUUUGCUUUAUCCAUGUUCACAGCAUCGCAUAUAAUGCUUAUCCAUCUUUGCGCAGCAAUGAGAUACACCUGCGCCUUCCAUGUUCUACCAUCGAAUGGACCGCUAGCACUGUUGCGGAAUGGGAAGCAGCCCAGCGGGAACGAGGUCCCCAGCAGCUAUUCUUCCAAGAUGCAUUGACUCUCCUCUUGCAAAAGUCUCGAUCAGCAAUACCACUAGACCCUAUCCCGGCUCCACUGGGUAAUUAUAUCCUCUUGCACGGACUCCUGCAACGAAUCCACCUUGUGAGCGAGCUAUCAUUACCAAACGGCAACCACUCCACGACCCUCCCAACGGAGGAACUGAAUAAACUAGAGCAAGUCCCCUACCCACAAAUCACCCCCAAACCCAUCUCUAACCCUUCAAAUUAUAGACGAGCUUUGCGCUCCUGGACUUCCGUAUGGCAACAAGCCCCAGAAUCCAGUCUAGACCCACACAACGCAAACGGCCCAAUCCCAUUCACCUCCAGUGCAUUCCUAGGACUCGCCUACGUCCGCCUAUCUCUAAAUCUCGGUCCCCAUCGCCGUCUCGAAACCCGCGACCCAACAAUAAUAGCCACUGCCCUCCGUCGCUCUCCACGCCCAGAACGAAGCUACCGUCUCAUUCCGGCACUCAUAUAUGCCGCUCAUGCCCUUAGUAUUCCCGUGCGUCUAGGCAUAGACCACAUUGCUCGCAGCCAAGCCUUCUUCUGGAGCGUGCGACACUCUCUGGCUAGUAUUGAAUGUGCAGUAUUGCUGAGUAAAUGGCUGUUUACUAUUGCUGAGGCGGGACCGGAUCAGUCCUUGAGUGAAAACGAAAAACGCAUUCUACGCUGGACACGCUGUAUUAUCGAAGAGGCUUAUUCGUCUAUUGAUAGGGUUGAUGGUGAGGCGCCGUCAGAUCUGGAACCGGCUUCUUUGGGGUUGGCUGUUCUCAAGCUGUGGGCUAGGUUGUUUGGGACGAAUACUCAGUGGCCGUUUAUUAACGUUCUUGGACAAAGCUUGGAAGAGUAUAUGACUAUGAUUUGA